GUAAAUAUUGCAUAUUGAAGUUUUAGAACUUAAACGCUUCGAGCAUUUGAAAGAUAUUUAAAGUGUUUAAUGAAAUCUCUUGUUAAAGAUACAUGAAUUGAAGUUUUAAUUCAAAUAUGAGUAAGAGAUUAACAGAAGGGGACUUGGAUCAAGUGGAAUCCUGGAUCGGAUCUGGGCCAAAGACUUUUGAUCUGCUCUACAGUAUAACAAGGAAUGGCUGUAACGCGAGUGUGUUGCAUCAGAAAUGUGAUAACCAAGGCCCAACACUUACAGUCUUGUACAACAUGGAGGGUUCCGUGUAUGGAGGCUACACCGGGGUUAGCUGGCAAUCACCACACAAUGUUUUGAAUCAAACAGACGACGCGGCAUUUCUAUACCAGUUGGAUAUUUCUAGCAGUAAGAUCCCGAAGAAAUUUCCAUCAAAAAGCGGGCAGACAGCUAUUUGUUCAUUUGUCGGUCAUGGGCCAAUCUUUGGAAGCAACACAAGUGUCGACUUAUUUACAUUUAGUGGUGACAUACUAAAGUCGUCUUCGGGAGAAUACAACAUGAAUGGCAAUAUGAUUUUAUACGGUAAAAACUACGAAACAGGAGGAACUUUACCCAAGGAAGUCAACAACGGACACAUGAGAGUGGCGGAGUUGGAGGUUUACGCCGUCAAAGAUGGGCGAAGACAAAAGCCAGAUUUGCCGACUCCAUGGCGGAAAACUGCAAAAUGGGGACCAAAGUUACUUGACAGUUUGAAAGAAGAAGUAAAAGGCAUCAAACCACCUGCAGGACUUGGCGUCCCACAUUUUAACAUUCUCCUUCUGGGGCCUUUAGGCUCGGGUAAAUCGAGCUUCUGCAAUUUAGUGGCGUCUGUGUUUCGAGGCAGAAUAUCACACCAGGCACGAGUUGGUGGUAGCACGCUAACCAGUACAACCACUUUGUUUACGCCGUACGACUUUGGUGAUAAAGCAAGUCUUCAGCUAUACGACACCAGUGGUAUAGAUGAGACGAAUACGUUAGACCUUUUGCAAUGCAAUAACAUACUUGAAGGCAACGUUCCGAACUUUUAUGAGAUGACACCGAAGAGUCUGAUAUCAAAUGACGAUGCGGACUUUCUUUCAGCAAUGGCCCACACUGAGUAACAAAAUACACUGUGUUGUAUUCGUCUUGGACGGUUCGACUGUAGGAGAGAUUUGCUUCAAAAAUUAAUGUCUCAUUGGGAUCUGUUAAAUAGAGGAGAUACCACAAGCAGUAUUGGUGACAAAUAUUGACAAACUUUGCGAAAAUAUCAGUAAAACUUUCAUGAGCCUCACUGUCAAUGAAGUAGUGGAAAAAGUGGCGGUCCUGCUGAAUUUAGCACGGAACUGAAUACUUCCGGUUAAGAAUUAUGAAGAGGAAAUGGAGAGUGACGAGAACGUGAAUAUCCUGGUUUUGUUGGCUGUCCGACAGAUUCUUUUCUUUGCGGAGGACUACUUGGAAAGCAGGAAAGUAAAACAAAUAAGAAGAAGAGGAAAGGCAAAUAGUGGCCAGGGCGAAAGUGAAGUGUUCGGGUCAGACACUGCUUAAAACAUCGUGAUAUUUUCAUGAAGAAGCUUAACCUUUGUGUAACGCCGAGUCUUAACAAUUUUAAAUUAAAAAUGAUUUUUGAAUUGACAACGAAGUGAUAUUGGGACUACACAAUGAGUUCAAAUGAUUUUGACUGUUUUAUUUUAAAAACAAAUUAUAAUGUCUGUGAAAUUGAACGAUGUGAAUAACUUAUUACCUAAAAAUAUGUCCGUAUGCUAUUACCUAAAUGCCCGGUGUUGGAGCGAAAAUAUCCUUCAUGACGACAUAAUUAUCUUAACUUGUUUUGUCUGUUUUAAAGAAAAUUUCAUUCAAAAUUAACUUGCAUACAGACUGGGUAUGAGUGCAAUGUUUUUUCAAGUGAUAACAAGAUGGAUAAGCAAAAUUUUAUUUUCAUUUCGUUAUGGAAGUCUUGUUAAAAGUAAUUGAUGAUUAUUUUGCCUUUUAAAGUAUACAUUGCUCCUGAUAAACAAAUUAAAUUAUCAAAUUAUCCACUUUCAAUGAGUUUAACAUUGUUACACAAGAACGAGAUGUGGGUCAUACUUAAUGUUAUCAGAACACUUGUUAAUCAGGCUAUAUACAGUAAAAUUGUAAUCAAAUACUUGUGUCUUUGUAACAUCACACACCCAUCCAAAAAAUACAGCCGUAUCUAUUUUAUAUAUCGUCAGACACCUUCUGUAUUGUAAUGUUAUUUUUAAUCAACUAUCAAACAAAGCUUCAUACCUCGGCAUGAUAUCACAUUUCAGACAUAUAUUUUACAGGAUGGCAGGAUAUUGCCUCUAUACCUCAUCAGGGUUAUUUAAAUAGUUGCAAUGAGUUUGCAUUUCAUUGGGAGUAUUUUAUUUGUUCUGCUUAUUGAAAAGAAAGACUUCUGUAUAAUGUAUAUCAGCCGACAAUUAUU